AUGGCUCUGCUGGCGCGGAUCCUGCAAGCCCGUCUGAGCCCCGCGCCCGAGCGGGGCGGGCUUCGGGGCGGCUGCACCCCGCUGCUGCCCCGGCGCGAGGGCGCCCGGCUCCCGGCGGGGGCGCGGGCCGAGGACAAAGGAGCGGGGCGGCCCGGGGCGCCGCGGGCCGGGGGCCGGGCGCAGGGACCCCGGAGCCUCGCCGCCAUGCCCGGGCCCCGGACCCUCGCCAACCUGGUGGAGUUCUUCUGGAAGGACGGCUUCAGCCGCAUCCACGAGAUCCAGCAGAAGCACACUCGGGAGUACGGAAGAAUCUUCAAGUCUCACUUUGGUCCUCAGUUUGUAGUGUCUGUUGCAGACCGAGACUUGGUGGCUCAGGUGCUGCGGGCGGAGGGGGCUGCGCCCCAGAGAGCCAACAUGGGGUCCUGGCAGGAGUACCGAGACUUACGAGGCAGAUCUACUGGGCUCAUCUCGGCGGAAGGUGACCAGUGGCUCAAGAUGAGAAGUGUGUUGAGACAAAGAAUCCUGAAACCAAAAGAUGUGGCCCCCUUUUCGGGAGAAAUCAACCAAGUUAUUGCCGAUUUAAUUAAAAGAAUCUACUUCCUCAAGAACCAGGCAGAAGAUGGAGAGACUGUGACCAACAUCAAUGACCUGUUCUUCAAAUAUUCCAUGGAAGGAGUGGCCACCAUCCUCUACGAGAGCCGUCUGGGCUGUCUGGAGAGCAGCAUCCCACAGCCCACGGAGGACUACAUCCAGGCCCUGGGGCUCAUGUUCAGCAUGUUCAGGACCUCCAUGUACGCGGGCGCCAUCCCCCGGUGGCUGCGCCCGCUUGUCCCCAAGCCCUGGCGCGAGUUCUGCAGGUCCUGGGAUGGACUCUUCAAAUUCAGCCAAAUUCAUGUUGACAACAAGCUGAAGGCAAUACAGUGCCAAAUGGACCGAGGGGAGAGAGUGAGAGGGGGGCUGCUCACCUGCCUAUUCCUCAGUCAGGAGCUGACGCUGGAGGAAAUCUACGCAAACAUGACGGAGAUGCUCCUGGCUGGCGUUGACACGACGUCCUUCACCUUGUCCUGGGCUGUGUACCUCCUCGCGAGGCACCCAGAGGUGCAGCAGGCUGUGUACCGGCAGAUAGUGAAGAAUCUGGGGGAGAGGCAUGUUCCCGCGGGGGCCGAUGUCUCCAAAGUCCCGCUGGUCCGAGCGCUGCUUAAGGAAACCUUGAGGCUGUUUCCAGUGCUGCCGGGGAAUGGCCGGGUCACCCAGGAGGACCUGGUUGUCGGCGGGUACCUGAUUCCCAGAGGCACCCAGCUGGCCCUCUGCCACUACGCCACGUCCUACGAGGAUGAGAACUUCCCUCGGGCCAAGGAGUUCCGCCCGGAGCGCUGGCUGCGGGAGGGGCACCUGCACAGGGUUGACAAUUUUGGAUCCAUCCCCUUCGGCUAUGGGGUUCGCAGCUGCAUCGGGCGGAGGAUUGCAGAACUGGAGAUCCACCUCGCCGUGAUCCAGUUGCUGCAACAUUUUGAGAUCAGAACAUCUCCUUGGACUAAAACUGUUCAUGCAAAAACCCACGGGCUUCUGAUGCCCGGGGAGCCCAUCCACGUGCGUUUUGUUAACAGAAAGUGAGCCUGGAGUGUUAACCCAGCCAGUGGACCGACACAGACUGGGCGUUCCUGUGCCCCCGAUGACCGCGGCGGAGGAGGUGGACCACUUUUAGGGGCUGUCUUGGGUAUAGACUGGCCUCCUGAGUUCCGGGAGACUUUUGAAUCUUUACCCAAAUAGUGUGUGAAAAUUGUUUUACUUUUGCCUACCAGAGUUGCCUUUUCUUUGGAGAAACAGUUGUUUAAAAGCCAGGGGCACUGAGUUCUCCUGCCUCAUACAGUGUCUUACCCUUGGGCUCAAUGUUUGGUCUCCUAUGUGUUUGUGCCAAGAAACGGCAUGCUUACAAAUUCAGUGCUCGAAUGUACAUCUUCUGAUCCUGCUUCAGGACUCCGUUUGGACGCAGUUAUCAACUUCUCAUUUUUUAAUUUGAAGGGAGACCAUUAAGAAUGCCUCUGUAAUACCGUAAUUAUGGGAAGAAAGCACCACAGGGGACACAAAGCACCAGAUUUAGCUCCUGUGAAUGAAAAGGACCAUGCUCUUAUUUUCCUCUCCAAACCAGUGCUUCUUAUUCUAAUCUUAGCUGCUGAAGAAGGCGAAUCUUACGUUUUUUUGUUUGAAGAAAAUAAUCAUGGAGAAAUAAAAUUCCUGGCUGAGUCAAGAAUCAUCACAUUUUCUAAGCAAAUCGAAAUCCGAAGCACAUGUGUAAGAAUGGAGAAGCUGAGCAUGUGAAAUUUCAUUGCCUACGGUGAGAAAACGGAAUUAAACGAGGCUGGUGGAAAACAGUGUAACUUUAGAACAUUUUUAUUUCAAGGAAAA